AUGUCUGGAUCUCCCCAGUCACAUACCUCUUCCAACCACUCGAGACACAGCUCCCGACACGGGUCCCGGCCCAGCAGCAGGGCGUCUCAGGCGACACGGGCCGGCACAGCAGCCGCGGGCGACAACGCCGAGCAGCAACAACAACAACAACAGGCGGCCGACGAAGCGGCUUCCGCCCUCCCCCUACCACCACAGAUCCCCCCGGCCCAGCAGGCAGCCAUGGCGUUCAGCGGAACCGGCUUCAACGCCCGCUGGGGCCCGGACAUGGGCCUCCCGCCGCAGUUCGCCCCGCGCGGAAUGAUGGCCGGCUACCCCAUGGGCAUGUACCCCCAGCAGGCAGCCAGCGCGAUGCCCUACACGCUCGCCGGGGCGGGGAUGCCGCAGUACGGAGGCGGUGGCUACGGCCGUGGCGUCGGCGGCUUCUACGGCGGCGGCGCGAUGCACACGCCCGUCAUGACGGCGGGCGGCGGGGUGGUGAACCACGGCCUCGCGGCGCCCAUGAUGGGCGGGGUGGGCGCGCCCGGCCCGCGACCCCUGAUGACGCCGGCGGGGCGGCCGCAGUACCCCUACCCCAUCAUCAGCGCCGACAACCCGUCGGUCAACAUGACCAACUCGACGGGCGGGGUGGGCUGCGAGCCGGGCUACGACUACUUCUUCCCGCCCGAGCACACAAAGAUACACUUCCUCAAGACGGGGCCGACGCCCCCCUGGCAGCUCCCACCGGGAACGCACAUCGAGUUCACGGCGGCGCACGUGCCUUGCAACAUCACCAUCGGCGAGCUCAUGAAGGGAUUCGGGGCCAACAACCCGAAUCCGCAGCUCAACGUGGUGACCGAGGCCAUCUGCACGGGUAACGGCAACUGGUACCGCGGCAUGAGCUUCGUUGGCGAAGUUCCCGGCGACAUGGCCAAGACGCUCAAGUCGGUCGGCUGGGACUCGACUCGCAACGGGCUUCCUGGUGGGAGUCCGGUUGUCUACCUGUACAUUACCAAGGACUGA